UGGAGGCGGGAGGAAGAGGGGCCGGACUGGGGCCUGAAGAGCCGUCGCCGUCUCCGCGGCUGCUAUGACCAGCGGGCGAGCCGCCCUCCGCAGCUCCGCGCACAGCUAGUCGCGGCCGCGCGCCCGUCGAAGCCGUCCGGGUCCCCCAGUGCCGCCGCUCCCGCGGCCCGCUCGGCUCUUCCAGCGCCGCCCGCCAGGCGAGGCGGAGGUGGGAUGAAGAUCACCGUGGAUUUCGAGGAGUGCCUGAAGGACUCGCCCCGCUUCAGGGCUGCUUUGGAAGAAGUAGAAGGAGAUGUGGCAGAAUUGGAACUGAAGCUUGAUAAGCUUGUGAAACUUUGUAUUGCCAUGAUUGAUACUGGAAAAGCCUUUUGUGUUGCAAAUAAACAGUUCAUGAAUGGGAUUCGAGACCUAGCACAGUAUUCUAGUAAUGAUGCUGUAGUUGAGACAAGUUUGACCAAGUUUUCUGACAGUCUUCAAGAAAUGAUAAAUUUUCACACAAUACUGUUUGACCAAACUCAGAGAUCAAUUAAGGCACAGCUUCAGAAUUUUGUUAAAGAGGAUCUUAGAAAAUUCAAAGAUGCCAAAAAACAGUUUGAAAAAGUCAGUGAAGAAAAAGAAAAUGCAUUAGUAAAAAAUGCCCAAGUACAAAGAAACAAGCAACAUGAAGUUGAAGAAGCUGCAAACAUUCUGACAGCAACAAGAAAAUGUUUUCGACACAUAGCUUUAGACUAUGUCCUUCAGAUUAAUGUUCUUCAAUCAAAAAGAAGAUCAGAAAUCCUAAAAUCAAUGUUAUCCUUUAUGUAUGCCCAUUUGGCCUUCUUUCAUCAAGGAUAUGAUCUCUUUAGUGAACUUGGGCCCUACAUGAAAGAUCUUGGAGCACAGUUGGAUCAACUGGUUGUAGAUGCAGCAAAGGAAAAAAGAGAGAUGGAACAAAAACAUUCCACUAUUCAACAAAAGGAUUUCUCCAGUGAUGAUUCUAAGCUGGAAUAUAAUGUAGAUGCUGCAAAUGGCAUUGUCAUGGAAGGUUAUCUCUUUAAACGGGCCAGUAAUGCCUUCAAAACGUGGAACAGACGCUGGUUUUCAAUACAGAACAAUCAGCUGGUUUACCAGAAAAAAUUUAAGGAUAACCCCACUGUAGUAGUGGAAGAUCUCAGGCUCUGCACAGUGAAGCAUUGUGAAGACAUUGAAAGAAGAUUCUGCUUUGAGGUGGUCUCGCCAACAAAGAGUUGUAUGCUCCAGGCAGAUUCUGAAAAGCUGCGCCAGGCAUGGAUUAAGGCUGUUCAGACCAGUAUUGCAACUGCUUAUAGAGAGAAGGGUGAUGAGUCAGAGAAGCUGGAUAAGAAAUCAUCUCCAUCAACAGGAAGCCUAGAUUCUGGAAAUGAGUCAAAAGAGAAAUUAUUGAAAGGAGAAAGUGCUUUGCAGCGGGUUCAGUGUAUCCCUGGCAAUGCCAGCUGUUGUGAUUGUGGUCUGGCAGAUCCUCGGUGGGCCAGUAUCAACUUGGGCAUCACCUUGUGUAUCGAGUGCUCUGGGAUUCACCGGAGUCUUGGGGUUCAUUUUUCAAAAGUACGCUCUUUAACUUUAGAUACCUGGGAGCCUGAACUUUUAAAGCUUAUGUGUGAGUUGGGGAAUGAUGUUAUAAAUCAUGUUUAUGAAGCUAAAGUGGAAAAAAUGGGAAUAAAGAAACCACAGCCAGGACAAAGACAGGAAAAAGAGGCAUAUAUCAGAGCUAAAUAUGUGGAGAGAAAGUUUGUGGAUAAGUAUUCUCUAUCAUCGUCACCUCCCGAGCUAGACAAAAAGAUUACCUCCAAAAGUUGUGAAGAAAAGAGGCUGAGCAUUUCUAAACUUGGGCCAAGUGACCAAAUCAGAGCAUCUGUCCAAAGUUCAGUCAAAAGCAAUGACAGUGGGAUCCAGCAAAGCUGUGAUGAUGGAAGAGAAUCUUUACCCUCCACAGUGUCAGCCAAUAGUUUAUAUGAGCCUGAAGGGGAAAGGCAAGAUUCUUCAGUGUUUCUCGACUCUAAACAUCUUAAUCCAGGACUUCAGCUUUAUAGGGCUUCAUAUGAAAAAAACCUUCCUAAAAUGGCUGAAGCUUUGGCUCAUGGUGCAGAUGUGAACUGGGCUAAUUCAGACGAAAACAAAGCAACACCACUCAUUCAGGCUGUAUUAGGGGGCUCUUUGGUGACAUGCGAGUUUCUCCUACAGAAUGGUGCUAAUGUAAACCAAAGAGAUGUCCAAGGACGAGGACCACUACACCACGCAACUGUCUUAGGACAUACAGGGCAAGUAUGUUUAUUCCUAAAGCGAGGUGCCAAUCAACAUGCCACGGAUGAGGAAGGGAAAGACCCUUUGAGCAUAGCUGUGGAAGCAGCCAAUGCUGAUAUUGUAACCUUGUUACGAUUAGCAAGAAUGAACGAAGAAAUGCGGGAAUCAGAAGGACUUUAUGGACAGCCAGGUGAUGAAACUUACCAGGACAUUUUUCGUGACUUUUCACAAAUGGCAUCCAAUAAUCCAGAGAAGCUAAAUCGUUUUCAGCAAGAUUCACAGAAAUUCUGAAAUUUUUCAGGGGAAAAUUUGAAAUUUGAUGAAUUCUUAAUGUAUACAGCCUAAAACUCAUAAUUUUUUUACUGCUUUAAAUCUGCUUAUAUAAUUUUGGUAGAUACUGAAUUUUUUGGAAAAGGUACACAUUUGUGGAUACUUUGAAAAAUUAAAACAUACACCUCAUAGUUGGAAGAGGGAACUACUUUACAACCUCUUUUAUUUCAUUUUUAUUUUUUUAAAGCCUGUUUUAUAGAUAAAAUUUGGAUCUAGGUUUAGGCCAUUUCUAUACUACAAGAUGCUAAGAGGUUCUUCGCCGAUGGGUGAUAGCCUUGAUGUUUCUUCCUGUACACUGUGCCCAGGAUCAUUCAGUCAAGCCUGUCUUCGUCACGUGUGAGCCUGUUAUCCUUCUGCGUCAGGAAAACAUCUUUUCCUUAGCUUCCCUGAUGGUUUUUGUUG